GAAGUGUCAGCUGUGCGCGUUUAUGCCAUCGGGUUGAGGAGCCAGCAGCAUGAUUAAUCACCACGCGAUGGCGAGCCUGGGGCACCCGCACUACGGGUUCACGCUCGGCAACGCGAUGGAGAUACCGCCGGCGGCCGACUUUGCACCGCAACCUACCCACAGCCCUACCUCGGCCGAGCACCAUCAUCAUCUGAAGCGGAGCCAUCUCGGUGCCUUCGGACCGACAUCGUUGGCGGGUCUUCAGAGCCACACGGCUGCCGCCGUCCAUCACAGUGCGCACCAUCACGCCGGGCUAUCGAUGGGUGGAGCCUCCGGAGGUGGUGGUGGUGGUGGAGGGCUGAGUGGCCAGACGUCGCCCGGGCAGGAGGGCCACAUUAAGCGGCCGAUGAACGCGUUCAUGGUCUGGUCGCGGCUCCAGCGUCGUCAGAUCGCGAAGGACAACCCGAAGAUGCACAACUCGGAGAUCUCGAAACGGCUCGGAUCGGAGUGGAAGCUGCUGAGCGAGUCCCAGAAGCGCCCGUUCAUCGACGAGGCGAAGCGCCUGCGGGCCACGCACAUGAAGGAGCACCCGGACUACAAGUAUCGGCCGCGCCGGAAGCCCAAGAAUCCGCUGGCUGGGGCUGGGAACGGGCUCGGGUCGCUCGGGUCGCUCCAGCAGGGUGGCAAGUCGGGCCUCGGGUCUUCCUACCCGUUCCACCAGUUGCCCCCGUACUUUGCCCCCACACACCCGCUGCAGCAGCUCGAGCAGCAUUACUCGCACGUGCCGUACUUCGGCAGCUUCGAUCCGCUGGCGCUCCAGAAGCUGCACCAGUCGCAGGCGGCCGCCGCCCAGUGUGGGGUACAGAUGGGUGGCGGUGGGUCACCAAACGGGGCCGCGACGGCCGGGGGACUCGAUCUCGGCGGCAAGCAGUCGGCAGCGCAGCAGCUGCCCCCGACGUCGCUCAGCUCGUUCUACUCCAACAUCUACUCCGGCAUUUCGGCGGCGGCCGCGGCCGCCCCGCUGUACGCGGCCCACUCCAGCAGCCUGUACAACACCUCGUCCGCUUCGUCCACCUCGCCCGGGUCCAGCCCGAGCGCCUCCCAGUCCACGCUGCCCGAUCUCGACAGCAGCAUGCGGAGACCGGUGCAGGUCAUCUACUAA